AUUGUUGGUAAACACGGGAAGAGGAAAAAAUCCGAACGCGUUCGCGUUUUAUCAAAAAAUCGAAUAAAAUGACUCGCCACGCUAGAAAUUGUACCGCCGGGGCCGUUUAUACGUACCACGAGAAGAAAAAGGAUGCGGCAAACUCCGGGUUCGGCACCACAUCCCGGCGUAUCGGUAAGGAUUCCGUGAAAAGCUUCGACUGCUGCUCGUUGUCGCUUCAGCCGUGCCGGAAUCCUGUUAUCACCAAAGAUGGUUAUCUGUUCGACAAGGAAGCCAUCCUGACGUACAUCGUAUCGAAGAAGAGCGAGUACAACCGUAAGAUGAAGGAGUACGAGAAGCAGAUGAAGGCAGACGAAGAGGAACAAGCGGCCCUGGCGAACGCAGAGCAUCAGAAAAAGCUGGACAAAUUCAUUUCCACUGAGAAGAACAUCGUCACCAACAAGACUACCCUCGGAGCAACGGCAGAUCAACAGCCAAGCACCAGCGGAGCGAUCUCGAACGUAUCGCUCGGUAAGCGCAAGGAGCUACCCAGCUUCUGGGUACCUUCCCAGACCCCGUCCGCGAAGGUGGCCCGGAUUGAGAAACCAGACAGCAAGAUCUACUGCCCGGUUUCGAGCAAACCGCUGAAGGCAAAGGAUUUGAUCGCCGUGAAGUUUACUCUGGUGAAGGAUCCCGCGGAUAAGAAAUCUCUGAUAGCGAAGGAAAACCGAUACAUGUGCGCGGUAACGCACGACAUUCUUAGCAAUGCCGUCCCUUGCGCCGUUCUUAAACCGACUGGAGAUGUCGUCACGAUUGAGUGCAUCGAAAAAAUCAUCAAAAAGGACAUGAUUCACCCGCUCACAAACGAAAAACUCUCAGAAUCGGACAUCAUACCGCUUCAACGGGGCGGAACCGGAUUCGCGACGACAAAUGAGCAACUAGAGGCUAAGGAACAGAAACCGUGUCUGCAAGUUUAAGCUAGAUUCUUCGAUUAAAAAUAAUUGUGCUAAUAAAAACAACAACCUCAAUUGAAAAUUAAACUAACUUUGACACAAUUUUCAAAAUGGUAUCAUCUGCUCUCAACCUCAACCUAUUUAGAGUACUCCAUCUCCAUCGAAGCAUGUGUUCCCU